CACAUUGGUUGAGUUCGAUUUACGACUUUCCGACUUUUACAAAAUUUUAAAAACAAUGAACGAUAAUGAAAGAAAUGAUAUUGUUCGCUUAGUUUUACUCAUGCAAGAGCAAAACACAAGAAUUAUGCAGAACUUCCUGGAGUUGCAAAGGUUGGAAGAAGAAUCCAGCAAAUUGUGGCUUGACAUUUUAGAGGAAGAUUCCAUCUUUCUACCAAACCAGCGAAAUCGCCCAGAUGGCAAAUUUUGGGAGCGAGAUGUUCCAGAACUCUCCGAUGAUCUCUUCAAGGAAAAUUUUCGCAUGGAAAGGGAGCACUUUGAGGAGAUAGUGGAGUCCCUGGAAAAUAGCCGAGUGAAGCCGGAAACGCCGAAUGAAAUUCCACUGGAAAAACGCAUAGCUAUAGCUCUAUAUACGAUGGGAUCGUCCACGGACUAUCGCAAAGUGGGCAGGUUAUUUGGCGUUCCAUCCUCGCUGAUCCCCAAAAUCCUGUUCGAGUUCGGCCGGCAGAUAGUCAACGUUUUUGCUGCAGAGCACUUGCCCAAAGAAUUUCUCACCCAAGAGAAACUGGAUGAAUGUGUUCCGGGAUUCGAGGAACUCGGCAUUCCCCAAUGCUUCGGAGUUUUGGAUGCAACUCAUAUUGAGAUACGUCCUCCUGUCUCCGAUGCCGAGGAUUAUUGUAACAUUAAAGGCUGGUACUCCACUAUACUCAUAACUUUGGUAGAUCACAGGGGAAGAUUCCUCUAUGUAAAUAGCGGCUGCCAGGGUCGAUGCAGCAUGUCGGAGAUAUUUGAAGCUAGCACCCUUAAGAAAAAGUUAACUUCAACUGAUAUUUUGAAGGAAAAUUCAAAAUCCCUCGAGGGAGUCGAUGUGCCAGUGUUUCUGGUGGGCGAUUCCGCCUUCAGAUUUUCAACGGCCGUCAUGAAGGCUUACCCAUCCGACAAUUCUGGAAACGAUAAUGAGAUUUUCUAUAAUGAUGCCCACUCCAAGACUAAGAGAAUAGCUGAAAUGGCUUUUCGGAACCUAAAAUCGCGCUUCCAGAGGAUUCAUAAGGGACUUGAUAAUCGUAACAGGAAAGCGCCCGGCGUCAUUGUUACCUGUUGUAUAUUGCACAAUUUCCUGAUUUGCAGGAAUAGCGAUCUUAUGGAUAGUUGGAAAAUCAGUGAUAUCCAACGCUCGCAGCCAGAGGAAACCGAUAGUAUUACAAAUUCUCUAGAGGCUCCAAAUAUAAUGAGAAAUGCGAUUUCCCAUUAUAUUACCAAUCAACCUGAGAGAUGAUUGA